AUGAUCGAGCUGCACGGCGCCGAACAGGUGCAGCAGCUGCUCCCGGUGUACGAAAAAUAUUUUGAUAAGCAGGCGGCGGGGGGCGGGGGCGGCGCCGAGGACGAGGAAAAGAGAGAUAACGUCCGUCAGGGCGUCGUGGUCUUCCUCGGGGCACUGGCGUGCCACCUGGACGCCGCGGAUCCCAAGAUCCGGCAGAUCCUCGCCAGGCUUGUCUCCGUGCUGUCCACGCCCUCCGAGGCUGUGCAGCGGUCCGUGUCCGACUGCCUCCCGCCGCUGAUGAAGGCGCUGACGGAUGACGAACGCAGGGCGCUGGUGGAGAGCCUCCUGGCGCAGGUCACCGACGGAGAGGGAUACGCGGAUAGGCGCGGCGCCGCGUUCGGUCUCGCCGGCGCGGUCAAGGGGUGCGGCAUAUCGUCGCUCAAGGCGUACGGCAUCAUGGACGCCGUCAAGGCUGCCGUGGAGGAUAAGAAAAAUCCCGAUGCCAGGGAGGGUGCGCUGAUGGCGUUCGAGCUUCUCAACCUUCGACUCGGCCGCCUGUUCGAACCUUACGUCAUCCACGUCCUCCCCAUGCUCCUCGUGUGCUUCGGCGAUCAGUCGGAGCACGUGAGAGAGGCUACGAUCAGCGCCGCGCGCGCCGUUAUGGGCCAGCUCUCGGCGCAAGGCGUCAAGCUCGUGCUGCCCGCGCUGAUGAAGGGUCUCGAGGACAACGCGUGGCGGACCAAGCAGGGUUCCGUGCAACUAAUGGGCGCGAUGGCGGCGUGUGCGCCGAAGCAGCUUGGAGCGUGUCUGCCCCAGAUCGUACCCAGGCUCAGCGAGACGCUCAUCGACACCCACCCGAAGGUUGUGGAAGCUGCGCAGCACGCGCUGAAGGCCAUCGGCGACGUCAUCAAAAACCCUGAGAUUGAGGCACUCUCUGAUUACCUCCUCGGCGCCAUCGCGAAGCCCGCGGAGCUCACGCAACCGUGCCUCGAUGUGCUCCUGGAGAUGACGUUCGUCAACGUGGUCGAUGCGCCGUCGCUCGCGCUCAUCGUCCCCGUCCUUUCCAGGGGUUUGCGGGAUCGCCGCGCGGACCUAAAGAAGAAGGCUGCCAAAAUCGCGGGUAACAUGUGCGCACUUGUUGCAGACCCGAAGGACAUGAGCCCCUACGUCCCCUUGCUCCUGCCGGACAUACGAAAGUCUCUCAUCGAUCCCAUACCCGAGGUGAGGGCCACCGCGGCGUCCGCGCUGGCGUCCCUGAUCCGGGGCAUGGGCGGCGUUGACGAGCACUUUGCGGAUCUCAUCCCCUGGCUCACGCAGACGCUGCAGAGCGACGGGCCGAUGACGGAGCGAAGCGGCGCGGCUCAGGGACUGGCGGAGUGCCUCGCCGUGCUCGGUCAAGAGCACUUCGAGGCGAUGCUCCCGGAGAUCCUCGCCGGGUGCCACCACGUCGCGCCGCACGUGCGAGAGGGGCACCUCACCUUGCUUCGGUUCCUGCCCCUCGCGCUCGGCCACCUGUUCGAGCCCCACCUGCAGGAGGCGCUCGCCGAGGUGCUCACUGGCCUCGCGGACCAGGUGGAAGCUGUGCGCGACGCGGCGCUCAGCGCGGGCCGCGUGUUCGUGGAGGAGUUUUCGCACAGCGGACCGUCUCUGGACCUCCUCCUGCCGUCCAUCGAGGACGGCAUCAGCUCUGAGAACUGGCGCAUCAGGCAGAGCGCCACCGAGCUCAUGGGCUCGAUGAUGUUCCGCAUCGCGGGAACCAGCGGGAAGGUCCUCAACCUCGAGGGCGGGUCCGACGACGAGGGCAUCAGCACCGAGGCGCAGGGUAGGGCGCUGACGAACACCCUCGGCGAGCAGAGGCACCACGACCUCCUCGCCGCGGUGUACUCGCUUCGAAGCGAUCCAACCCUCGCGGUGCGCAACGCGGCUGUGCACAUCUGGAAGACGGUCGUCGCAAACACCCCGAGGACCUUACGUCUGGUCCUCCCGCAUCUCAUGCGAAGGCUCAUCGCGGGACUCAGCGCGGCGGACGACGACAGGCGGCAGACCGCGAGCAGGUGCCUGGGCGAGCUGGUUCGCAAGCUCGGCGAACGCGUGCUGGGCGAGGUGUUUCCAAUUUUCAGCGACGGGCUGGCAAACUCCGAGGCGGCGACCCGCGAGGGCGUGUGCCUCGGCCUCGCGGAGGUGCUCGCCGCCGCGAGGAAGGAGGACCUCGAGCAGUACAUCGGCGACGUCGUCCCGGUGAUCCGCGACGCCCUGUGCGACGAGGAGGAGGGCGUGAGAAACGCAGCCGGCGCCGCGUUUGACGCCGUGUUUCGACACGGGGGCGCCGACGUCGCCGCGGAUAUCGUCCCCGCGCUUCUAUCCAAGCUGGAAACCGACGACGUCGCCCUCGAGGGCCUCAAGCAGGUGCUCAGGGCGCAGCCGAAGAUCUUGGCGUCCGUGCUCCCCAAGCUGGCGGCGCCACCGAUCGACGCCGCGCGCGCGGCGACGCUGGGGUCGCUCGCGGAGGUUGCCGGCCCGGCGCUGCCGCCCCACCUCGAGGCGCUCUUCCCCCCGCUCCUCGCCGCGAUGGGCAGCGACGACCCGGACGAAUCGGAGGCGGCGACGGGCGCAGCCUCUGCGGUCCUUCGCGCCGUCCCCGACGAGGCGCACUACCUCCUCCUCCCCGAAGUUCUCGGGGGUUUGGAGGAUGAGUCCCCGGGGGUCAGGUGCGCCGCCGCGAAGCUGUGCGGCGUAUUCGCCGUCGAGGCGCCCUGCUUCGACGAGGAGGACGACGUUCCGCAGCUCGUCAAGGGCCUGUUCGAGCUGUUCAUCGACGACGAUGAGUCCGUGGUGUCCGCGGCGUGGACGGCGCUCGGCGUCGUCAUGGGCGUCGUGGCCAAGGAGGACCAGGCGCACUAUCUGCGAGACGUCCGGGGCGCCGUGGAGACGGCUCGGGAGAAGGUGCGACGCAAAAACCGCGGCGCCAGCGUCAAGGACCUGCUCAUCCCGGCGCUCUGCCUGCCCAAAGGUCUCGCGCCGAUCGUGCAGGUGUACCUGCAGGGCGUUCUCGUGGGGAAAAACUCGGAGGUGAGGGAGUCCGCCGCGGAGGGUUUGAGAGAGGCGGUGAUGUCCACGACGACGUCGGCGCUCAAACCCCACGUGAUCCCGAUUACCGGUCCGCUCAUCCGCAUACUCGGGGACAAGUACCCCGGCGCCGUCAAGUCCGCGAUCCUGGGCGCGCUCGCGGUGAUGAUCGACAAGGGCGGCGUCGCGCUCAAGCCCUUCGUGCCGCAGCUCCAGACCACGUUCGUCAAGUGCCUCAGCGACGCGAACAGGCCGGUGCGACAGCGCGCCGCCGCCGCGCUCGGCCGUCUCAUGACCCUCCAACCCCGCGUCGACCCCCUCGUCGGCGACCUCGUCACCGCCCUCGCCGCGGCGUCCGACGCGGGCGUGCGCGAGGCGAUGCUGCGAGCCAUCGCCGGCGUCUUCGCGCACGCGGGCAAGGGGGUGCAAACGCCCACCGCGGAGCGCGCCAGAGACGCAAUCUUCGCCGUCGGCACGAACUCGGCGGUCGGCGACGGCGAGAUUAACGCCGCGGCGCUCGCGCUCGCCCACGUCGCCGCGUGGCUCCCCGACGACACGCGCGCGUCCCUCAUCGACCGCCUCGCGCACGAACUCUCCCCGGACGGCGACGUAAAUGACCGCGGGAGGGAAGCGAGGGCGACGGCGUUGGCGGCGCUGGCGAGGACGCGACCC